AUGGCCCCACCAAAGAGCCAUGCGCUGCAGACCAACAUGGAUGUCGACUAUGUCAUCAGCUAUCGAUUCGCGAAGACGGCAGACAAAUCUGUUGCCAUAUCACAAUUCGAAAAGCUUGUUGAAGCCCUUGCAUCCGUUGGUCUGCAGACAUCGGUGCGUGACGGGGAUAACGACUCUGUCCUCGUGUUUGUCAAAGCCGUAUCCGACGAGCACUUGUUCGGAGAAGUAUACAGAUCUCGAGUAAGGGACUGGAUUCAUGGCGUCCGAACCGCAGCUCCCCCGAAAGAGACGCGCGAAGCCCUCGAGGAAGAACCUCUGUACGAAGCCGAGCGCUUGAGAAUCAUAUACCAGCUCAUCACGAAUCCAGUGGAAGAAGGAGGAGCUGGAAUCACGCCCAAAGAGGGCGAAUGGAAGAGCGUGGAGUCUGUCUUCGCGCUGCAUGAUCAUCGAGCAAAUAAAGAUUGGAUUCGGAAGUGGACCACUUCCUGGACACUGACGACCGAGGACCUGGACGAGAUCCGCAAUCGUUUUGGGGCCAAGGUUGCUUACUACUUCGCUUUUACGCAGUCCUACUUCGCGUUUCUCGUAUUUCCGGCAGCAUUCGGUGCGGCGUGUUGGCUAUUCCUCGGCCACUUCUCUCCCGUAUAUGGCAUCAUAAGUUGCGUGUGGUGCACCAUAUUCACCGAGUGGUGGAAGCACCAGGAGAUAGACCUUGCCGUCCGAUGGGACGUCCGCGGGGUUUCGAGAAUUGAUACGAAAAGGAAAGACUUUCGCCCUGUAAAGGAGAUAACCGACGCUGUCACGGGUGAGAAGAUCCAGAUCUUUCCCGCCACGAAACGCUUGCAACGACAGCUUCUGCAAAUUCCAUUUGCACUGGGUGCUGCGCUCAUGCUGGGAGCUGUAAUUGCGACAUGCUUUGGUAUCGAGGUGUUCAUCUCCGAGGUGUAUAAUGGACCUUUCAAAAGUAUCUUGGUCUUCCUCCCCACACUCAUCCUGACGAUUGCAAACCCCAUCAACCGAAGUAUAUUAACCAAUUUCGCCACCAUGCUGACCGACUUUGAAAACUACGAAACCCAAGGAGCGUACCACGCGGCUCUCACGCAGAAGCUGUUUGUCAUAGACUUCAUCGCCUCCUAUCUCCCAAUCUUCCUAACCGCAUUCGUCUAUGUUCCCUUCGGCAAUAUCAUCGUCCCCUAUCUCGACAUCUUCAAUGUCACGGUGAAGCCAUUCGCGGCGGAUGAGAAGCAACUCAGGGCGCCCAAACCUGGAACAUUCACCAUCAACCCAGACAGACUUCGAAAGCAGGUCGUUUACUUCACAGUGACAGCCCAGGUUGUGAACUUGGCCCUCGAGCUGAUUGUUCCGUACCUCAAGCGACGAGGGUUUUCGAAGUACAAGGAAAUGCAAUCUGAGCGAGCAGCGAGGAAUGGAGGCUCAUCAACUGCGCGUACAGACAACGACCCCCCCGAGGAGACUGAGUUCCUAAAACGUGUUCGCCAAGAGGCGGAGCUGGACGUGUACGAUGUUACGACCGAUCUGCGUGAGAUGGUUCUUCAGUUCGGGUACCUCAGCUUGUUCUCCGUAGUGUGGCCGUUGACUGGAGCAUCGUUUCUUCUCAACGACUGGAUGGAGCUUCGCGCGGAUGCCAUGAAGAUUUGCGUCGAGAUGCAGCGUCCGACGCCCUGGCGCGCCGACACCAUCGGCCCAUGGCUCGACUCGCUGAGCUUCCUGACCUGGCUCGGCAGUCUGACUACCUCAGCUCUCGUCUAUCUCUUCUCCAACGAUGGGCUCGGCCCAGAUGGCCACCCGGGCAGCAUCCGAGGCUGGGCUCUCCUCCUCACCGUCUUCUUCUCCGAACACGUCUUCCUCCUCUUCCGUUGGGCCGUCCGCGUCGCCAUCUCCAAACUGGAUUCCCCGGGACUGCAAAAGGAGCGUCGUGAGCAGUACCUGGUACGUAAGCGAUAUUUUGAAGAGAAUCUUAGCCGAUUGGAGAAGCUGCCCAAGGCGAAGGACCUGGGGGAGGAGGAGAUUACGAGGGAAGGGCUUGAGGAAGAGCAGCGGCAGGCGAGUCUGAGGGAGGCGACGCCGGAGGUUCGGUUCUGGGCGAGGCAGAAGGGGUGGAGAGAGACUGCUAAGGUGGGCAAGGGCUUCAUCGAGAGGGCGGCGGUGGAGGCACCGACUCAGCGUCAAGGCCGGAAUGAGACGAAGAAGGAGUUGUGAGGGGGGGAAUGUGAUGCUGUGAUUUGAUGGGGGCCACUCUGAGCGAGAGCGGCUGGUGGCGGCGGUCGUUCGGUGGUGUAAUAGCAUACAGGAGAUUGAAUGAGGGUGCAGUGCACUGGAUCUUGAAGCUGGGUUGAGAAGUGUCGGCCCGUGAUUGCAGAUGAUUUCAUGAUUGCGAUGCCCAUCUGUAUGCCUGAUUCUUUAUAUCAAAUGGUAAUGCCAUUAUUGGAACUUGAUUUGAAAUGACUUCCUACACCCAACGGGUGAUGGGAUUGGUAUCGGUAGGGACGUCACUGGAUCCCCUUCUCCUAGCUAGCUACGAAUAUGUCGACCAACUACCUGUGCACACUGAAUGUUUUAUACUGAUAAAGAUUUGAUCGCAUAAUCUGC